UGGGGUAGCUUUUUUCACCGCACCACCGCCAGCAGCUAACGGGCACAAGAAGCCGUAGGAGCGGAGGAGAAAGCAGCGCAGCACUUCUCUCUCCUGUGCUUUUACGCUUUGCGGAGGCUUUAACGAUCCCCGGGACGCUAGAUAACAAGCCAACACAUCUGUGUUACCUUACGCCGUUUAAUCCUCGAUUUAGCUUCGUUUUAUAUGUUGCAGUGGCGCAUGGAGUCCGCGUUGAAAAGGUCGGUGAGGUGUUUUGCGGACAAGAGAUCAUCCAGCUAAUGUUAGCUAGCCGCAGUGAGCCACGGAUUGACCGGUGUGGAGAGUGGAGAGGCUCGGUGCUGCUGCUGUCCACUCUGCUGAAGGACUUAACGGACUCUGGUAUUUCACCUAAACAAUGGGCCUCAUAUUCGCCAAACUGUGGAGCUUCUUCUGUAACCAAGAGCACAAAGUGAUCAUCGUUGGACUCGAUAAUGCAGGGAAAACCACUAUCCUCUACCAGUUUCUUAUGAAUGAGGUGGUCCACACGUCGCCCACUAUUGGAAGCAACGUGGAAGAAAUAGUGGUGAAGAACACACACUUCCUGAUGUGGGAUAUAGGAGGACAGGAGUCUCUCAGGUCCUCCUGGAACACCUACUACUCCAACACAGAGUUCAUCAUUCUGGUGGUGGACAGCACAGACAGAGAGAGGCUGGCCAUCUCUAAAGAGGAGCUCUACAGGAUGUUGGCUCAUGAGGACCUGCGGAAGGCAGCUGUUUUGAUAUUUGCCAAUAAGCAGGAUAUGAAGGACUGUAUGUCUGCAGCAGAGAUCUCCAAAUACCUCACCCUGAGCUCCAUCAAAGACCACCCGUGGCACAUACAGUCUUGCUGUGCACUUACAGGAGAGGGCUUAUGCCAAGGACUUGAGUGGAUGACCUCGAGGGCCGGGCUCAGAUAGCCCCUCCCUCAGCAGCCGAUGGCCUGACUACCUGCACCACCCACACGGUGGCACCACAGCUUGUCUUUACCAUAUUGUUACUUCUUAUUUUUUUAAAUGAUGAAUUUUAAUGGACUUUUCACCUCUGGAGAUGGCACAGGGCGGCGAAGCAACGACCCUCCCACGGCUGGAGCAGCUGGAAACGUGACCAGAGCCAAUGAACUGACCUCAGCGUGGAGGGGAAAAGUUUCUGUUUCACAGUACAGGAGGAGGAGGAGAAGAAAAAUAAUUUCAGGAGGACGAGGAGAAGAGGAAGUUAGGAGAAAGUCCAGGUGCGAAGCAGGGCUGCUCAUUUACACUACAUACAUAUCAUGUUACAUUACACUACAUUAUAUUCAGAAUAUGCCACAAACAUCAUGUUGGUACCCAUCUUUGGGAAGAUAUGGUGCAGCUCCAUUUUUAUUAUUGUUGUUUUGCCUCUGUUUAAGUUUGUUUAUGUUCGGGUGAAAGUCGAGGGUUUAUGAGCAGUGUUAUAAACACAUUUAAAUGGGACACUAAGUUGUGUUUGGAGUUUCAAGAUAAUGUUCUCUGAAUUUUUUUUAAUUUAAUUUUAUUUUUUUUAAACAGUUAGUCUUAGCACAGCCAUUAAUUUCUGUUACACACGACUUCAGUUUCAUAAGCUACAUUGUUUGUGGUUUUUCCCCACACGAGGACUUUUUGGUGGCGUGUUGAAAUGUGGUCAAAUUAAUGAACGUCCCUCCUUAUUAACUUUGAGCCUGUACUGGUGUAUUAUUGAGCCAAACGAUGUGUAUUCAAAGUGUUGGCAUGCAAACCUUUUCUUACAACUGACCAUCUUGAACAAAUAGAAAUUACUUUGACCGUUUAUUUAAGUUAGCAAAGCAACUGAAUGCCUGAAUCGUCUUUAUUUCAAAUGCAGGUACAAAGCUCAGUCUUAAUAACAGUAUUUUCAAUUUCGACACUAUGUUUUAUCAGUGAUGCAUAAUUAUUUUUAUUUUUAAUUUAUGCUCUUUUUUGGCUUUUAUAGACUUGUUCUAGUCUUGUUUUGUAUUAACAGAUGAUCACUGGUGCUCUGCAAGCGUGCGUCCGAUCCACUGUGUCAUCCUGUCAACAUUUCAUGCAGAAAAUCUGCAGCCAUUUUUGGCACACGUUCCUCUUUAAUCUUUUUCUUUAUAUAUAUAUAUACUUUUUAAAACAAAAGGGAUCAGAACACGCCACCAGUCAAAUAGUGGUCACACGUUUUGUCAGAAGCUUUUACUUAUCAAACGCCUGGGCUCGAGUUGAUCAGUGGUUUCGUGGCGUCGACAUGAUCCCAACUCGUCGCUUUUGCUAACAUACAGUUACGAUGCUUGAUGCUCGGCCUUAAACGUGCUGUUCUGAGUGUCUGGACGACUGUAUGCGUGUGAAUCUGACAGUGCGCUCAUGAUUAUUUUUUCUUACCCUUGUUUCCGUUGAUAACAGAUCUAUGCAUGUCACUUUGAAACCAUGUAUACCUUUUGCAAGCUCCACAGUGGCCAAAAAGGAGGAGGUGCAUGGGUUUCAUUGAACUGGUGUCCAUCUUGGUCAGGGAGGUGACUCUGGGUCUCUAGAAUAUAGCUUUUUUUUGGUGGUAUUUUUACUAAACUAAACAGGAAGAAGGGUAAACUGUGCAGCAGCCCCCCCUUGGCAGCAUUAAGGUUUACGGUUUGUCGUUGAACGCACAACACAAGGGGACUGAUCAUGUACUCUUAGUGUGGUGGUGUCUCGUCUCAGUCAUGUACUGUAUUUCACUUUUGUUUUCAAUAAACUUUUGAACCUCA